AUGGUCCUUUGCGAAGAUCCGGCAACUCCCAAGAAGCCAGUCAUCUCAAUUUUGGGAGCUGGAAUGAUGGGAGCUGGCAUUGCUCAGGUUUGCAUUCAAAAUGGUUAUCCGGUGCAUUUAUAUGGUAGAUCGGAGGCGAAACUUUUGGAGGCCAAGGAGAAGUUGAAGAAGAAUUUGAUCAGAAUUGCCGGAAAGAAGAAUUCGGGAAUGGAGCCGGAAGGUUUGGCUCAGAUUGCGGAUGUUCAAUUGGCGAAUUUGCAUAUUUUUACGGAGGUGAGAGAGAAAAGGGGCUGGGCUUCUAGGCUAAGGCUUCUAGGGGCUAAGGCUUCUAGGCUAAGGCUUCUAGGUUAAGCCUUCUAGGCUAAGCCUUCUAGGCCAAGGCUUCUAGGCUAAGGCUUCUAGGCUAAGGUUUCUAGGCUAAGGUUUCUAGGCUAAGGCUUUUAGGCUAAGGCUUCUAGGCUAAGGCUUCUAGGCUAAGGCUUCUAGGCUAAGGCUUCUAGGCUAAGGCUUCUAGGCUAAGGCUUCUAGGCUAAGGCUUCUAGGCUAAGGCUUCUAGGCGAAUUCUAGGUCUAAGGAUUCUAGGCUAAGGCUUCUGAAGCUUUUCUAGGGGUCCUUAGGCUUAGGGGCUAAGGCUUCUAGGCUAAGGCUUCUAGGCUAAGGCUGUUAGGCUAUGGCUUCUAGGCUAAGGCUUCUAGGCUAAGGCUUCUAGGGGCUAAGGCUUCUAGUCUAAGGCUCCUAAGCUACCGAAAUUGCGUCAACAUAUUUUUGAUCUACCGAAAUCGCGUCAGCAAUUUAUUUCGUGCUGCAAAGUUUCGUCACAAGCUUAAUUUGAAAGUGGAAAUUUUGAUAAGCCUACAAAAAAUGCGCCAGCAAAAUUUUGAUUGACGAAUUCCAGUUAGCAACUUUAGGGUUUACAAAGUUCUUGUCAGCAUAACCAAACUGCAAAAAAUGCGCCAGCAAAAUCCCUAGCCUACAAAAUAUGUGUCAAUCUCACCCCAUCCCAAAAUUUUCCAGAUCUCCUCCGCCGUCGAAGAAUCCUCAAUGGUAAUCGAAGCGGUCGCCGAAAACCUCGACCUCAAACUCGAACUCUUCGAAACCGUCCAAAAAACCUGCCCAAAGAACUGUCUCCUCAUAACCAAUACAUCCUCCUUGAAGCUCGCUCAAAUGACUCCAGUCAUUCAGGAUCCUUCACUCUUCGCUGGUUUGCAUUUCUUCAAUCCAGUCCCAGUCAUGAAAUUAGUCGAAGUUGUUUCCACUGAUGAAACAUCUGAUGAGACUAAAACUACACUCUUCGAAUUCUGCAAAGAGAUUGGAAAACUUCCAGUUGCAGCGAAAGACACUGCUGGAUUUAUCGUAAAUCGAUUAUUGAUUCCUUAUUUGAUGGAUAGUAUUCGAAUGUUGGAACGAGGCGAUGCUACAAAAGAAGAUAUUGAUACUGCGAUGCGAUUCGGAACAUCUUAUCCAAUGGGACCAAUUGAACUUUGCGAUUAUGUUGGACUUGAUAUUCUUCAGAGCACCCUCAAGAGUAAGUUAGCGGAACUCGGAUAAUUGAAUUUAACUUUUUUCCAGUUUUCCGUGAAAGUGUUCCUGGAGACAAUCGAUUUGCUCCAUCUGAACUAAUGGAUAAAUUGGUGGCUGAAGGAAAAUUGGGAAGGAAAACCAAGCAAGGAUUCUACACUUAUUGA